CAUUGUUAUUUGAUUUAUCGAAAUGUCAGGUCAAGAAAUACAAAAAUCUGAAAAAAGCGCAGAAGGAGUACCAAUAAAUGAAGAAGAAAAAACUAUGACGGAUGCUAGUGUUAAAUCGGGUGAUAACGCGAGUGAAGUGCAGCCAAAUGAAAAACCAGGGCCGAGUGAAGAAGGAAAUAUUGUCUCUAUUAGUGAGCCAGAAAAAUUAGUGGGAGGUGAUACGACAGAAGAAGAAAAAGGUGAAGAUGAAGAUGAUAUAGAAACAGAUGUCGAGUCAAAUGAAACAUCUGACAAGCUUACCACCGAUGAUGAAGCAAGUCGUGAAAACCAACCAGAAGAUACAGCAAAAAGCGAAGUAGAAGAUUCAGAAGGUAGAACCAUACAAGAGCCCCCUAUUAAAACUGAUGAGGAAAGUGUUCCCGACAAAGAAAAUGACGAAAUCGCAAAGGAACCUCACCCUUUAGAUGAAUUUACUGAUCAGCAAGUUAUAGAUCUAGUUAACGAAAUGGAGAUGGACCAUAGACAUUUAGAACUAGAGAAUAUUCUGUUUGAGACUUUUCUAAAAGAAAAUGAUCCGAACUUGUUGGACGAUAUGGACAAUAUUAUGAGCUAUAUACAAAGAAGAUCGUUUAUGUCUACGACUGAACUUCAAGAGAAACCUUCUAGGCAGAAAUUCAGAUUGGAUUCCUUUACUAGUCUUACCUCCAUAGCAGAAGGUAGAGGUCCUAAGAUAAACAUAACCCAAAAAACCGAAAUGGUUAUGCGCUCUAUGGAAGAUAUUCAAGCGGAGUUGGAGCGUUUCUUAAAAAGAUGUCACGUUACUAAAAGAAAUUUGAAAGCGGAAUUGGAGGAAUUUUCUAUUAGAGAAGCGGAAAUUAAAGAAGCUACCGAUAUAUUUGAGUAUAACAUUGUAAUUCAAGGAGUAGAUAAAUUAACUCAACGAAUUCCAGCCGAAAAGUUCGUCAGAUACAUGGAGGAAUGGCUGAAAAGCGCCCAAUUCCAAAUCGAAAAAUUAAGAUUAAGGAUUGCCACGAUGAAAGUGCAAUACAAGAGAGUCUCACAACAACUCAUACAAAGACAGGAGCUAGGAGAAAAUGUACACGCUGUCGAUUUCGACCAACUAGAAAUAGAAAACAAGCAUUUUCUUCAAAAAAUUGAUCAGAAGAACAUUCACUUAAUCGAACUUAAAAAAAUGAACGGAAGCGCUAAUCUUAUUUUAAGCAUCCACAAGAAAUAUUUACAAAAACAACAAGAAGAAUACAAUUCGCUCAAUUCUCAGAUCGAAGAAAAGAAAAACCAAAUUAAACAAACAGAAGAAGAAUAUGAUGCAACGGAAGAGGAACUGGAUCAGUUUGAGAGGAAAUACGAUCAAUGCAGAAAUCUGAAAGAAUCUUAUACCGUACCAGAAGUGAAGGAAUAUAUGAAACUAAAAGAAGAAAUGUACGAGUUGAAAAAGAAUAUUAAGGUCUGGUCCAGACGGAAAAAGAUACAAGACAUUGCCUUGAAUACUUGCCUAAGAGAGAUGAAAAAAUUGACCGGUAGUGAAGAGGUUGACCCAAGGUGGUUUGAAGAUGUCACGUCUAUUCCAAGCCUGUCAUCUAGUGAAAUGCUGUAAUGUUAUAUACAUAUUUUUACAGUGUAUUUUAAAUUUUUACAAAUAAAAUUUGGAAUUUUAA